AAAAUAUAUUUUUCUUGCUGCUUAUUUAGAUUUCUUAUUCCAAAUGUAGAAACUCGUUUUGUUGCAAACGUUUCAUAUCGGACCGAUAAUCGCAUGGGACCAAACGUAGGGAAGCUGUUGACAGCUUUGAAAAGAAGCAGAAGUUUAGUUUUUAACGUUUUUUAUUUACAUUUUGUAUAAAUACGUCGUGUCGCAUAUACCAAGGACAUCUUAAUCAAUAGCAAAAGCCGAGUUCAGGUUAGUAGGAACAUAUCUGGUAGCGUUCUUCGAGAGGCACACAUCUGAGUGUUUGUACUAGCACUUAUAUGAUCCAAAAAUAUACUUAUAGAUCAUGGUGGUAAACUCUCCCUCUCCUAUGCCCGAGAGAGCCAUUUAUGGGUUUGUCCUGUUCCUUGGCUCAAAGUUUGGCUUCUUUAUGUAUUGCCUGUGGGCAUUUAUACCAGAGGAGUGGCUUCAUUCAAUAGGGCUCACUUACUGGCCUCAAAAAUAUUGGGCCCUUGCUGCACCCAUCUAUCUGCUGGUUGCAUUAAUGAUCUCCGUGGUGUUGUUGUUCGGGGUGAACAUGAACAACACGGCUCCACUCGACUCUGUGGACAACUUCACAGAUGUGUACGCUCAAGGCCAGAGGACUACAGACUACCACAAGGGGGGAAUACCAAGACUAAAAGAUGUUGACAUUAGUGAAGUCAACAAAAUGUUCUAUUUAUCACCCAAGCUAUAACAAACAAACUGAUUUAAGCUGGAGGCAGAGUAGAAAUGAGGCUGUCACUGUUUACUCUUUGUUUGUAAAAUAAGGAUAAGUAAUAAUAAGGAUUUAAUUAUUUAUUCGGGAACAACGCGACAUGGGGAAAAUGUGUUAUGAAAGAAUUUUCUGAUUGUUUAUGGAUCUAUAUUGGACAAAAUGAUUGUGUGGUGUUAAAACAGUGAUAUGCUGAAUGUGAUGUAACAAUUAACCUGCUUGUCAGAGCAACUCGUACAUUGUAUGAAAAAGGUAGCAUAUGAUUAUAUUUAAUAAAUCACAUUUUAUACACAUUUGUUUUGUGCAAUACUAUGCUUUUGAGUACAUCAUUAUAUGACUAAGAAGCGAUGAUAUCUUAUAUACAUAAUAUAAUAUUAGUGUCCACUGCUAGACAUGUAGGGGUGAGGUUGCAUUACAGGUGCUGGAGCUGUUUAGGGUUUGUGUUUGAAAUGCCCUGAUUUUGACUUUAAAGCGCAACUGGACAAGAUACACCCAUCUGCAACACAGAUCUACCAUUCAGUGACCGUGUAUUAUUUGUAUUAUAGUCUGUUACCUGUAUUUGCAUUUUAAGCCCUUUGUGAGUUCAAAUAAAAUGUAUUUACUUUAA